UUGCGUGCGCAUAGGGCUUUGAAGUGCUGUCCCGGAGUCACUGCUGUAGCCUCGUGUAUGAUAGGGAAUGCACUACAGGAGCUCAGAGCCGCGUAUUGUUCUCUCUGGAGCCUGACCCACGGUAACAGCUGAUCCUCAGUCCCGAUGCUCUGGACGGGAGGUCGGCUCUUGAACUUGCACUGAGGCCAAAUUCAUCGUCGCACCGGAAAGCGGAAAGCGCGGCUGGAGAAUAGGAGGCAGCCUACAGACACAAUACUAACGAGACUGCAAACACGAGGUAAUGUUGAUGUUUGAGAGACGAUCCAAGUGAGUAAACGGACGAGCACUGACGGCGAUGAGACGCGUUUCUGGAGAUCGAUGGAAGCGAGAUUAACACACGGGGUACAGGCGGAAUGCUAAUGUAUGAUGGCAGGUUGGACAUGCACGGUGUGCGGACUGAAACAGGUUGGUUUCUCCUCGAUCAAACUUCAGCCUGAUCAGACGUGGGACGAUCGGCGCGCAUUACGGUGCUGAAGAAGAUGAACUGAAUCAGUGUUGCGCGCCUGGAGAUGACAGCAGGCUGGGAAACUGCGCUCCAUCGUUCACUGGACUUUUACUGGAUUUAGAGGGUUAUCCUCUUCGCUACAUGUGGGUGAAGGUCACCCCCUUUUACUGACCCGGAUAUCCUUCAGAUCUGAGUGUGUGUAUGUGUUUUCUGAUAUUAAGAGUCAGUACAUGAAGGAAAAGCCUUAUUUACAGUCUCUCACCAAGUAUCCAAAUUUACUUCUGUUUGACUCAUAUUUUAAUUAUUGACAUUCUCUAUGUAGCAUAUUCUUCACCAAUGAAAAUAUGACAUUACAUUUCUCUGGGAGAAGUCACUUAAAUAUGAUAUCCGCUUAGCAGUACAAGAAGCUAUUUAUGCUGAUAUGAAGGAGAGAUUUACUGCCACUGUGUUUGAAUUUUCAGCAUGUCUGUCUCUGUAAUAGUGCAAAACAACAGAUGGAUGUCCUGUGUAAUGGAGCAAAGAAACCUGAGGGCGCAGAUCCCCUUUUAGACCCCCAGCCUCCGCCUGCCAAGCUGGCUAGACUGGAGUAUAACGGAGCGGGACCCUCUGCCCAGGAGAGAAGCAGGCAGGGGAGCCCCGUGGCCAAAAACCUCGGCGUGGCCCAGAAGCCCACAGCAGUGAGGCCACAGAGCAAGAGCUGGCACACCAAAGGGAGUCUGCUGCCUGUGUUCUGCGUGGUGGAGCACAAGGAGAGCGCUCCGGAAAGAGAGAGGAGAGAAGAACACGCUGAGUUUGUGUUGGUCAAAAGAGACCUGCUGUUUAACCAGCUGAUAGAGAUGGCCCUGCUGACGCUCGGUUACUCGCACAGCUCCGCCGCACAGGCCAAAGGUCUGAUCCAGGUGGGCAGGUGGAACCCCGUGCCUCUGUCCUGUGUAACAGAUGCUCCUGAUGCCACAGUGGCAGAUAUGCUGCAGGAUGUUCACCAUAUUAUCACCCUUAAAAUCCAGCUGCACAGUUGUCCCAAAUUGGAGGACUUGCCCGCAGAGCAGUGGAGUCACUCUACAGUGAGAAAUGCUUUGAAGGAACUCCUCAAGGACAUGAACCAGAGCACCCUAGCUAAGGAGUGCCCACUGUCCCAGAGUAUGAUAUCAUCUAUUGUAAAUAGUACUUACUAUGCAAACGUCUCAGCAGCCAAGUGUCACGAGUUCGGUCGAUGGUACAAGCACUUCAGGAGGACCAAAAGCUUCAAGGAUAUUGACAACUUCUCUGAACAGUCCACGCACGUCACCCUGACCCAGCAACCAAUCACAAGUAGCCCAGCCGAGCAGAGCUCCACCCUUCUUUUCUCUCGUGGAGAAGUAGCCAACAUAUGUGGCCGUUCCCCCCUUGGCCUGCGCCCUCACAGCUUAGUGACCCAACCGCUCAGCUCUCAAAUGGUCAACCAGCAGCUAGUGAUGGCCCAGUUUCUCAACCAGCAGUACGCUGUUAGCCGCAUGCUAGCCGGGCAGGGUCACCCAUCGCCCCCGCAGCAGUAUCUCAAUCAUCCGCCUGUAGGGAGGGCACCUCCUAAGGUCUUCUCCCAUCCACCUGAAUCUCAAGCACCGCAACAGGCACACUGUGGCCCAGGAGGAGGCCCUGCACCCGGACCACAAAUCCAUACAUCAGCCGGGUCCUCCGUGGGGCUAACAGACGUGACAAGUGACAUCUACCACUGUGUGAGGGAGGAGCUGAAGAGAGCGGGCAUCUCUCAAGCCAUCUUUGCUCGAGUUGCAUUUAACAGGACCCAGGGCUUGUUGUCUGAGAUCCUGCGGAAGGAGGAAGAUCCUAAGCACGCCUCUCAGUCUCUUCUGGUAAACCUGCGAGCCAUGUACAGCUUUCUGCAGCUGCCUGAAGCCGAGAGGGAGCGGAUCUACCAGGAGGAGAAAGACAGGAGCCUGACUGGAUUCACCCCCAGCUGCAACAACACGCCACCAAGACCUACACAGGCGAGACUGUCCCCAGUUGCAGGAGACAGAAGCAUAAGGACAGACAGUUGUGUUCUCAACGUGAGCGCUUCUAUCUACGAGGAGAUUCAGCACGAGAUGAAGAGAGCCAAAGUGUCUCAGGCUCUGUUCGCAAAGGUGGCUGCCUCCAAGAGUCAGGGCUGGCUGUGUGAGCUGCUGCGUUGGAAGGAGGAUCCCAGCCCAGAGAACCGGACCCUGUGGGAGAACCUGUGCAUGAUCCGCCGCUUCCUCAGCCUGCCGCAGACAGAACGAGACGCCAUCUACGAGCAGGAGAGCAGCAACACAACUGCACAGCAGCACUGCAGUGACAGACUUGCACUGCUCAGCAACGACAAUGCACUGUACCAACGCAACUCUCCUCUACCACCUCAACACCACCUUCAACCCCAUCAGCCCCUGCAGCCGGAGGCAGCCCCUUACCUGUCUCCACAGCAACCAUGUGCCGCAUCACCGGCCGAGUCCGAGGCAGGGGGAAACUGGGGGCACAUGAGAGUGCGUCUUCAGGGCAGGAGCUGUAGUAAUAGUGAGAGAGGGGACAGUAAGGAGUGCAUUGAGGAGGGACGAGGAGAUAAGAGCAUGGUCGGAGGGGACUGGAGUUGUACAGGAAGGUUUAGGGAAAAAGGAACUGAAGGCAAAGAGCUGGUGAAGGAAGGAAAUGAAGGUGAGGUAGGAAUAAGUGAGAUAAAUGGAGACGGAAAAGGGGAUGGGGUUGAGGAGAAACUCACAAUAAAGUGGUCCAGAUCGAAGGAUGAGGACCAAGAUGGGGCCAGGGUGUGUUUAGAGUCAGAUAAUGCAGUUCAAGGAGGAGAUGAGGUUCAGGGGGAGGGGCUAAGAGUGUCCCAAGAAGCGCUAGGAAUCCUGCAGAGCUUCAUCCAGGAUGUGGGCCUCAACCCAGACGAGGAGGCGGUCCACACUCUGUCGGCUCAGCUGGGUCUGCCCAAACACACCAUCCGAAGGUUCUUCAACAGCCAGGACCAGGAGCAGCAUCAACACAGCAGCCUGAGCCCUAAACACAGUGAAGACAAGCAGGAAAGCCUCGCACAGACUGCUGAACGAACAGAGGAGCAGGAACAGGAAAGGGAUGGAGAGACUGAAAGAGAAGAAAAGGAGGAGACACAAACAUGCAGAAGUGAAUUAACUAUUUCAAAAGAAUCAGAUGCUGGGACUCAAACUAUUCCAUCCGUCAAGGAGGAGCAAGAGAGCAACAUCUAAAGACUAAAAAGUUGACCUAUUGUAAAUAUUAUACAAAGACAGUUCAACUACAGUAUACUUAAAAAAAGCUGUCUUUUGAUUGGAGGAUUCCUUCUGUAAUUGAGAGACAGAAAACAACUGUGCAGAUAACUUUAUAAAACAUUGUUCCUGUGUAGAUUCAUGUCUGGAUGAAUGGGACCCAGUAAAGCUGCAGAUUACAUAUCACUACUGAAAUCUAACAAUCAUAGCUGGCUGAUUGAUGAAGUUUGACAUUAAUGCCAGUAAUGCCUUGUGGAAAGUGGCACCUCCUGUUUUUUUAUGAUCAAUAUCGCCUUUGUUUUUUUUGGGGGGGGGGGGUGGGGGGGAGAUUUGGUCAAUGGCCUUGUUCUUCAAGUUUGUCUGUCACAGUUUAUGAGAAGAUCACGCCUUUCUGAAUCGAUUUGAAAUUGGUUGACUUUUUUGCAGCUAAUAAAAAGCAUUUCAGAAUCACCCUUUUAGUAAAUGAUACGACAUCCUCUUCAAUAUGUCACUGCAUUUCUUGAUUAAUCAAUAGAUGAAUUACUGGAUGUGUUACCACACUUCUACACACAUAUUACAAGCAUCUCCCCUGCAAAUCAGUCCAUUUCAGCUCCUAUUUCUCCCCUUUAUUCACAUUGUCAAUAUUUGUUGUGCACCUGAAUUAAGUAUUUCUAUUGAUGCAUGAAUUUCUAAUUCUCCCACCCAACAGUAGUUAUGUUCUUUGAGGUUGAGUGUUAUGUUGAAACAUGUUGUGGUCUUCCUUUUGUGAUGAUUAAUCAUCCAAACAAACUGUAGCAGAGACAGAAACAUCAAUGAUUUGAGUGUUAUAAAAUGUCUAAAAAGUGAA